AUGGGAACUUCUCUUCUCCGAUGGUGGUCGCAUCGGCUCCCUGUCAACGCAUUAGUGUUCUGCUCGAAAGAUCACAGCGGAACGACUCACGGAUCUUCCCUCGGUAUCGGGGCUUUGGAUAUCUCUCUCAGCUUGGGUACUGGCUUGAGCUGGCGUGACUUGUCUCGAGUCCCCGAGAGAUGGUCCUGGGAGACGAAGCCCUCGAGUACCGUAAUACUAGAUGCUGUGGCGGCAGAGAGUCAUGCGAAUAACUGGGCAGACCCUGAUGUUGACAAGCCUAGUGAGGGUACCGGUAGUCCAGCAGUCGAGAUAUACUCCGGACUCACCCAUCGGUGGCAUCGCAACACCGAAGCCCCUCGAACAGUCGAGGCCCACCUAAGCGAGCCGACGAUUAGUAGCUCAUUACUAACCUUGAAACAAUCUACGGUACCCCUCCACGUCCCUCCACCACCAGCACCACCACCACCAGCACCAACACCUCAACUCCUCCUCCCCCCUCCACCCGCAACAAUGACCCAGCAAACACCCACCCUCACCGCAUCCUACACCUCCCCCACCAACCCCCCCUUCACACACACCGCCUCCCUCCCCGCCCUCCCUGCCCCAGCCUCGCCCCAGACAACAACAACACAAACACCACCAACACCAGCAGCAGCAGCAGCAACAGCGCAGAAGAAAGCCUACCUAGCCGCGCUGCGACAGGCAACGCUGCAGAUGCAGCAGGAGGUAAACAGGGAGCUGACGGCGCGGAUGGAGGAGGACAGCAUUGAUAGUGAGAAGAGGGGGGUGGAGGGCAAGGAGGGGGGGGGGUGGUAG